AUGGCCGGGGUCCGAGUCCUCAUUAUUGGAGGUGGUCUCUCUGGCAGCCUCCUCGCCAACGGCCUCCUCAAUAAUGGUAUCGACUUUGCCCUGUACGAGAGGGACUCGGAGGACACCAAGAGGGAAGGAUAUCAGAUUCGCCUCGGUGAAUGGGCCAUGGUCGGCUUCAAGGCUUGCCUGACCCAGGACCGACUCACCAAGAUCGUCAACAAGCUAGGCCAGAACAUGGGCGUCAGCCAGGCCGCCCCCAGCGUCCACAACUCGCGGUUCGAGGAGAUUCUUGACUUUUCCACUGUCCCGUCCUACGCGAAGACCUCCGCCAUCAACCGCGUCGUGCUCCGUAACCUCCUGCUGGAGCCUGUCAAGGAGAAAAAUGCCGUCCUCUUUGACAAGUAUCUCGAGUCAUACGAGAUUGUGACCGAGAACGGCAGGGAGAGGGUCAAGGCCAAUUUUGCCGAUGGCACUUCCGACGUGGGCGACAUCUUGGUCGGCGCGGAUGGGAACAGAUCCAGGAUCAACGCGCAGCUCGGUUUGAACAACAUUGUUCUCCUCGACAAAUUCUGGGGCUUUCUGUCUAAAGGAAAGCUCCCGUACGACCUGAUGAAGACUCUUCCCCAGAAGCUCCGUCGCGGACCCAUCGUCACAUUCGCCAAGGGUGGCACCCUCUUUUAUGCUUUCUACCUCCCUCCCAAGUUCGACGCCAACGGCAUACAGACCGACGCGAGUCAGCCCAUCACCUAUAACGAGGAUGCGGCAUCCUUUUAUUGGGGCCUUAACAUUCCCACGGAUGCCAUUCCCGACCCGAGCAACGUCCCGGACAAGCUGCAGCUUUGCCUCGAUUACAUCAAGGACUGGGCUCCAGAAUACCACGCGCUAUUGGGCGCAACUCGGCAAGACAAGGACGCUGCCGAUAUCAUGGUCACCCAGCUACGAGCGGCUCACCGCCCGGCAGCGCGCUGGAGGGAGAAAAGCGCCAAAUCUGGUGACAUCAAACAGGGACAUCCCCGUGUCUGGCUUAUCGGUGACGCCAUCCACGCCAUGCAGCCAAACCGGUGCCACCACUUCCACAGAGGUGCGGGAGGAAACACGGCCCUCGCCGACACAGCGGAUCUUCUACCGCAGCUGUUGCACUUGAACGCCUUGGCCAAGUCGCGCCCGGACAACUCGGUAACCACAGCCGAGGCCAAAACGGCCGUCGACGCCUAUGAGAGCGCGAUGCUUCCGCGCGCCUUUCGAUGGGUCGCCAAGAGCGGAGGCGUAAACAUCCCCACCUUUCACUUAGACGGUUGGUUCGGUAGCUUAGUCAAGAUCGGCGGGAAACUUGUCAUCCCGUUCCUACGACUUUACGCCAGCCUUUUCAACAGUAAGCCGAAGCAGGACUAA